AUGGCCAAUCUGUCACUGAGUGUUAGCAAAAUUGCGAUGCCAUGUGUUUUGGAGGAAUCAGAGUAUAUAUUUCCCGGGGGAUCACCUUCGCUCGCAGUGUUGUUGAAAGACUGCGACAGUUUCCACAAGAAAGAUUCCGGCGCCGGCAUGGCCACCGGAAGCGACGAUCCGGCUCAUCACGUGAUAGAUAUCGAAGCCUUGAACAUACGACACGUGCCGUUCGUACUAUCAUUUAACAAUCUUGAAUACGAUGUCACACUUCGCCGGCGGUUUGACUUCUCGCGGCGAAGUUCCGUUACAGUGAAGACUCUGCUCGAUGAUAUCUCCGGCGAGGCUUGCGACGGUGACGUCCUCGCCGUCCUCGGUGCGAGCGGAGCCGGGAAAUCCACGUUGAUCGACGCGUUGGCUGGACGAGUUGCGGAGGGAAGCCUGAGAGGCUCCGUUACUCUAAACGGAGAGAAAGUCUUGCAAUCUCGGUUGCUGAAAGUCAUAUCGGCUUACGUCAUGCAAGACGAUCUCCUUUUCCCGAUGCUCACCGUCAAAGAAACCUUAAUGUUCGCUUCCGAGUUUCGUCUUCCAAGAAGCUUGUCCAAAUCGAAAAAGAUGGAGCGUGUUCAAGCCCUAAUCGAACAGCUAGGGCUCAGAAGUGCGGCGGACACAUUAAUCGGAGAUGAAGGACACCGUGGAGUCUCCGGCGGAGAGAGACGGCGAGUCUCGAUCGGAAUCGACAUCAUCCAUGAUCCUAUCGUCUUGUUCCUCGACGAACCUACGUCAGGGUUAGAUUCAAGCAACGCGUUCAUGGUGGUCCAGGUUCUCAAACGAAUCGCUCAAAGUGGCAGCAUCGUAAUUAUGUCGAUACAUCAACCUAGUACUCGAAUCAUAGACUUGCUUGAUCGUCUUAUCAUCUUAUCUCGCGGCAAGAGCGUCUUCAACGGAUCUCCGGCGAGUCUUCCUUCUUUCUUCUCCGAUUUCGGCCGUCCCAUACCGGACAAAGAGAACAUCACAGAGUUCGCACUUGACGUCAUCCGAGAGCUCGAAGGAUCAUCUCAAGGAACCAAAGAGUUAGUAGACUUCAACGAAGAAUGGCAACAGAACCAAACUCCACGAGCCACGCCACAAACCACACCAUACCAAGCCUUAUCUCUCAAAGAAGCCAUCGACGCAAGUGUCUCAAGAGGCAAGCUAGUCUCCGGCUCCUCUGGAGCCAAUCUCAUGUCCAUGGACACCGUUUCUUCAUACGCAAACCCGUCACUGUUCGAAACAUUCAUCUUAGCAAGACGUUACAUGAAAAACUGGAUGCGGAUGCCAGAGCUAAUAGGCACACGUAUAGCUACGGUCAUGGUGACCGGUUUUCUCUUAGCCACUGUCUAUUGGAAGCUAGACCAUACUCCAAGAGGUGCACAAGAGAGAUUGACUUUGUUCGCUUUCGUCGUGCCAACAAUGUUCUACUGUUGCUUAGAUAACGUCCCCGUUUUUAUCCAAGAACGUUACAUUUUCUUGAGAGAGACGACGCACAACGCAUACAGAACAUCUUCAUACGUCAUAUCUCAUUCUCUCGUGAACCUGCCUCAGCUAAUUCCACCGGCUAUUGUGUUUGGCUCAAUCACGUUCUGGGCCGUUGGUUUGAGCGGCGGGUUUAGCGGUUUCUUCUUCUAUUGCCUCAUAAUCUACGCUUCUUUUUGGUCAGGAUCAGGGGUUGUUACUUUCGUAUCUGGUCUUGUUCCGAAUAUUAUGAUAAGUUACAUGGUCGCCAUUUCAUAUAUGGCCUACUGUUUGCUGUUGAGUGGGUUCUACGUAAACCGAGAUCGGUUACCGAUCUACUGGUUGUGGUUUCAUUACCUUUCAGUGUUCAAGUAUCCUUACGAGGCUGUCUUAAUCAACGAGUUUGAUGACUCUUCGCGUUGUUUUGUUAAGGGAGUUCAAGUGUUCGACGGUACGCUUCUCGGAGGAGUGUCUGAUUCGGGAAAGGUUAAGCUCCUUGAAACUCUAGGGACAUCUCUGAAGACGACGAUAACGGAGUCCACAUGCUUAAGGACUGGGGCUGACUUCCUUUCUCAGCAAGGUAUUACUGAAAUGGGCAAGUGGGAAUGCUUGUGGAUUACGUUUGCUUUUGGUCUUUUCUUCAGGAUCAUGUUUUACUUCGCAUUGUUGUUUGGGGGUAAAAAUAAGAGGACGUGA